GCGUCAUAAUCACAUAUUGUUCAUCUGUUUACAGAAUUUGAGCGAACCGCUGAGUCCCGAAAAAGAAAAGUGUCAUGAAAUUAAGUACAAAGAGGGUCCGGAGCGUUUGUUACCAUUAGAAUAGGACAUCAACCCCAAAUGAGAGGGGGAAUGAGGUUAAUUAAUCGAUGGAGUGGAGAAUCGUGAGAUCUCAUCUCAUCAACUUUCCCGAUAAAUACUUCCUCCUCCCGAUAUAAGCUUCCCUUUUUCCUCUUCCUUACCACUCUCACUAAAGUCAUUCAUUCAUUCAUUUUUUUCAGUCGCUCUCUUUUUCCAUUUUACGCUAUGCGUUUCACAAACUUUGUUUUGGCAGCUGGCCUUACAGCAACCGCAUUCGCAGCUCCGGUAGCUGUUAGAGAUGAGGAUGAUAACUGUGUUGCUGAUUACGAUGAGACCACUUCCGCUGCCGUUGUAGCUCAAACCACCCUUCCUUCUUCCUCUGCCGCUGUCGUUGCCGCCACUUCAGUUGCACCAUCAAGCAGUGCUGUCAAGACCUCUGCCGCUGUUGUCCAAGCUUCAUCAGCCGCUAGUCCGGUAGUUGCUAGCUCUUCCCCAGCUGCUACUUCAUCCACCAAGGCCGCUUCCUCCACCAAGGCCGCUGUCGCCGCUGCAUCAUCGGGCAGCACAGCUGCCGGAAAGUUGAGAUGGAUCGGUGCCAGCGAAUCUGGAGCUGAAUUUGGACAAGGCAACCUUCCAGGUGUUGUUGGAACCGACUACACCUUCCCAAACACUACCGCCAUUCAAACUUUGAUUGAUGGUGGCAUGAACAUCUUCCGUGUUCCAUUCCUUUUCGAGCGUAUGGCCCAAAGCAGCAUCACCGCUAGCCUCGACGCCACUUACCUUGCUAGCUACAAGGAGGUCAUCGAUUACAUUACCGCAGCUGGUGCAACUGCAGUUAUGGAAGCUCACAACUAUGGACGUUAUGACAAUAACAUCAUCACUUCCACCUCCGACUUCGGUACCUUCUGGGGCAACUUCGCUACCGAGUUUAAAGACAACUCCAAUGUUAUCUUUGACUGUAACAACGAGUUCCACGAUGAGCCUACAGCUACCAUCUAUGCCGAGCUUAACCAAGCUUGUGUUACUGCUAUCCGUGGCGUUGGCGCAACCUCCCAAUACAUCUUUGUUGAGGGAACUUCUUACACUGGUGCCUGGACCUGGGUUUCAUCUGGAAACUCUGUUUCCAUGUUGAACAUCACCGACCCUGAAGACAAGCUUGUCUACGAAUUCCAUCAAUACCUCGACUCUGAUGGAUCCGGAACCUCUGCCACCUGUGUUAGCAGCACCAUUGGUGCUGAGCGUAUCGCCGAUGCUACCGCAUGGCUCAAGGCCAACAACCUCAAGGGUGUCAUUGGAGAAUUCGCCGGUGGUGUCAACGCUGACUGUGAAUCUGCUAUCUCUGGUAUGUUGGAUGCUUUGGCUGCCGAUAACGAGUACUGGUUGGGUGCUUUGUGGUGGGGUGCUGGCCCAUGGUGGGGUGAUUACAUCUACGCUUUCGAGCCACCUACCGGUGUUGCUUACAAACAAUACUUCGACACCCUUGUCAGCUACGUCGCAUAAGCGUAUGUAGAUAAGAUGUAUGAUUAGGGGUUGAGGGGAAGGAUUAUGGCUGAGGAAGUGGUUUCUGAUUCGUCUUGUACAUAAGUAUUAGCAUGGACCCUUGUGGAGGUAUUUGCUCAAAGGGGGUGUUUUAGCGGAAGACAAAAGAGGGCGGAAUUAAAUCUCAAUCCGUUUUCAACUUUGAAAAUCUUGAUCCAACAUUGUGAUUCCAUGUAUUUGUGCA